AUGGCGGCGAGUGGUUUAUUCCAAGAAGAAGGAAAGGAGAUAAAUCACGCAGAAGAUGCAGCAAGAUGUUGCUUAAAUUGCCAGAAAUCAAUGGAAGAAAUCAACUCUAAACUUGAUUCUUCCCUUGAGAUAAGAAUUGGUGUCAACAGCGGAGGACCACUGAUUGGAGGUGUUUUAGGCACUGAUAAACCAACAUUCGACAUCAUUGGUGAUACAAUCAAUGUUGCAGCGAGAUUACAAUCAACAGAUAUCCCUGGAAAUGUUCAAAUAUCUGAGGAAACAAAGAAGAUGAUUGAAAACUUAGAAUUCAAUAUUGAAGAAAGAGGAGAAAUUUAUCUCAAAGGAAAAGGAAACAAGCUCACUUAUUUUGUUUCUUAUUGUAACAAAGAAGAUCCUGGAAACACUUUGAAUCUUCUUAUGAGCUCAAAGGAGUAA